AUGUCCGCAAAUACCGUUAUUGUCAAGAAUAUCAGCCCUCAGACUAGUAAAAAAGAGAUUAACGACUUUUUUUCCUUCUGUGGCAAGAUUGCGAGCCUUGAAAUCUCAACAGUCGAUCAAAGCCAACAAGCGACGGUCACAUUUGAAAGAGAAACUGCAGCAGACACUGCAUUACUGCUUGAUAACACCCAGCUUGGCGCCAGCCAAGUCAAGGUUUUGAGUGCGGCCGGUACUAGAGAUGCCGACCGAGUAGACCCAUACAAGCAAAAUGUCGGGAUAGGCGGUAAAGAGAUAACCCAGGAGGAUAAGCCGUGCAGCCGUAUUGUCGCUGAAUAUCUAGCCCAUGGCUACGUUCUUGGCGACCAAACCCUUCAUCGUGCCAUUGAUCUUGACAACAAACACGGCUUAACCAAUAAAUUUCUCUCGACCCUCCAAAAACUUGAUAGCAAGUAUCAGGCUACCGACAAAGCCAAAUCAAUGAACCAGUCUUAUGGAGUUACACCUAAGGUGAACAACAUUCUGACUGGAAUCUCCACGUACUAUGAGAAGGCUGCCGGUACGCCAUCCGGUAAAAAAAUUGUUAAUUUUUACACGCAGACCUCUCGUCAAGUAGUUGAUAUUCACAACGAGGCCCGACGUCUAGCUGAUUUAAAAAAACAAAAUAACACAACUAAUACUGAAAAAAGGAAGAGUGCUUCUCCAACCUCUCCAACUCACACGCAUACUGCCGUCCCUAAGUCUACACCAUUAGAAUCAGAAAAGCAUAAUUAUGCCUAG